AUGGGUGUGCUUCGGGACAAGAAACAACCCUACUUUGGGCUGACGGGGGGGUGGCUGACCUUUUGGAUUACGGUCGCCUGCUCCACGGAUAUGCUCCUCUUCGGAUACGAUGAAGGCGUCUUCUCCGGCGUCACCGUCACGCAGGAUUUCCUCGAUAGUCAUGACCUGGUCGGACCCACCAAAACUAAAACUCUGUCUACUGUCACCGCCAUCUACGAUAUUGGGUGCUUCUUCGGGGCCAUUGUCGCCUUCACCGUCGGGGAGAGGCUUGGUCGCAAGAUGAGCAUCAUCCUGGGCACGAGCAUCAUGGGCAUUGGCACCAUCCUGCAGGCUUCCUCCUAUAGUCUGCCUCAGAUGUUUGUGGGUCGCAUCGUGUUGGGGGUGGGCAACGGCAUCAACACGGCGACAGCACCCAUCUGGCAGACCGAGACGGCGCAGGCCCGGUGGCGCGGCAAGUUGGUCAUCCUGGAGAUGGGACUGAACGUGGGUGGAUACUGUCUGGUUAAUUGGAUUAACUACGGUCUGUCUUUCCAUGCAGGUGCCGUUGCGUGGCGCUUCCCCAUUGCCUUUCAAUUUGUCUUCAUCUUCCUCCUCUACGGGACGGUCCCCUGGCUCCCCGAAUCCCCAAGAUGGCUCCUCUCGCACGGCCGCGAACGUGAAGCCCUGCAGGUCCUCUCCUGCAUUGAAGACAAGCCCGUCGACGACCCCUACAUCACGACCCAGCAUGACGAGAUCAUGUACAGCAUCAGCUACGAGCGACAGAACGCCAUCGCGUGGAAGGACCUACUCAAACGGGACAAGGGCAACGACACCAAGACCUUGCGACGGCUGAUCCUCGGGGCGGGCUCCCAGGCGAUGCAGCAAUUCGGCGGCAUCAACCUGAUGUCCUACUACCUUCCCAUGGUCCUGAUCAACUCGGUGGGACUGACCAACACUAUGGCCCGGUUGCUGACGGCCGUCAACGCGACCUCGUACUUUCUCUUCGCCACCUUCGCCGUCACCCUCGUCGAGCGGUUUGGGCGUCGUGGGCUGAUGCUGCUCUCCAUUUUCGGUCAGUUCGUCUCGUUCCUCAUCAUCACCAUCUUGCUGCGCUUCGCUGAGUUUGACCCCGUCUACGGGACCGCCUCUAUUGCCUUCUUCUUUCUGUUCCACGUCUCCUUUGGGAUCGGCAUGCUGGGGGUGCCGUGGUUGUACCCGACCGAGAUCAACUCGUUGCCGAUGCGCACCAAGGGGGCGGCUGUGGCCACGGCGACCGAUUGGAUCACAAAUUUUGUGAUUGUGGAAAUCACCCCCAUCGGGAUUCAGAAUAUCGGUUGGCGAUUCUACAUUGUCUGGACCGUCCUCAAUGCGGUCUUCCUCCCAAUUGUUUAUUUCUUCUACCCCGAGACUGCCAACCGCACCCUGGAAGAUAUCGACGCGUACUACCGUACCGAUCCGCCCGUGGUGGUCGUCGGCGAUCCCGACGUCAUUUCCCGCCGGCGUCCGCAGCAGUUCAUCGAACAUGAGGAUGAAGAAGUUCAGAAGAAGGCCGAGCACGGCAAGAUUAUGGAGAAGACAGUUUCGCCCGCGGUCGACCCAGAGCAAUAG